AAAGAAGAAGCAGAAGAAGACAAUAGCGGAAGUAUACUAGAGAGUUUCUGCAGUUCCAGACUUAACAUCCUGCUGGGAUGGCUUCAGAGGAUGAAGCCAGUCUGCUGGUCAUCGUCGUGGACGUGAAUCCGAUAUGGUGGGGCCAGCAAGCUCAACGAGAGCCGCAGUUCACCUUGUCCAAGUGUUUGGACGCAGUCAUGGUGAUGGGGAACUCACACUUGGCCAUGACCAGGACAAACAAGCUGGCUGUCAUCGCAAGCCACUGUCAAGACAGUCACUUCCUGUAUCCCUGUAAGAGCUGGAGAGGCGAGGACAACUGUGGGGAAGAGGCACCCUCCAGUGGGGAUGGAAAAUAUGAACUGCUUGCAGUUGCCAACAACCUCAUUGCUGAAGAGAUCAAGAAUGUUAUGUCAAAAACUGAAGUGCAGGGGAAUUCAACGGACACCAUGUUGGCUGGAUCUCUUGCCAAAGCUCUCUGCUAUAUUCACAGGGUGUCCAAGGAGCUGGAAGCUGUGCAGGAUAUCAAAUCAAGAAUACUGGUGAUAAAAGCCGCUGAGGACUGUGCCCUCCAGUACAUGAACUUCAUGAAUGUGAUUUUUGCUGCACAAAAGCAGAACAUCUUGAUCGAUGCCUGUGUAUUGGACUCAGACUCAGGUCUCCUUCAGCAGGCUUGUGAUAUAACAGGAGGAUUGUACCUCAGGAUACCACAGAAAGUUGCCAUGGCACAGUAUCUUUUAUGGGUGUUCCUCCCUGACUCGGAGCAGCGUUCCCAGCUGGUCCUGCCCCCGCGCGCUCACGUGGACUACAGAGCUGCGUGUUUCUGUCAUCGCAAUCUCAUCGAGAUUGGUUAUGUGUGCUCCGUUUGUCUGUCAAUAUUCUGCAACUUCAGCCCCAUCUGUACAACCUGCGAGACUGCCUUCAAAAUUCAACUUCCACAGAUGGUCAAGCCCAAAAAGAAGAAACUCAAGAUGCUGUCAUGAUUUUUGCUGGGAUUUCCCUGAGUUCAUUUCUGUUUUUAUACUCAGAUUGUACUAUUUGGUUUGGCAUAGAUUUGUAACAAGCUUCAAUGAGGCCCUAGAAAUGUCUUUGAAGCAGCACAAACAUAUAGAACAUGUUAACUUGACCCCCAUUGACUGUUAGUACACAUACAGGAAAGCCAAUACUUGAUCAUUGCAGUCUUAUCCCACGAGAAUCAAGUUCAACCUAACAGAUAUUUCAACUCUGUUUACAUUAUGAAUAUUUAACACAUAAAACUAUCAGUCACACAUUUGAAUCUAAAACAUUUGUUCUGCUUUUUGUGAUUGUUAUUUAUAAUGACGGCUAUAAAAUGCACAAACUGUUCACUCAGUCUACAAGAUUACUGAGUUAAUGCUUUGGAAAAAAGUGACAUUGUGCAUUUUUGUGAUGUUAGUUUUCUUUUUAAAUAAAACAAGUGUAUUCUUCCA